GUGAAAAGAAGCAGGAUGCCUCGGAAUAGGGCCUUCUCUGAGCCUGAACACUCAGCAGAGUAUUCUGCAGACUACUCGGUCAGCUUGCCCUCUGACCCUGAACAUGGGGUAGGCCGAACCCAUGAAGUGACGGUGAGGAGCUCUGGCUCAUGCCUCUGUCUCCCACGCUUUAUGCGCCUCAUGUUUGCCCCCGAGUCUCUGGAAAACCUCUACCAGACCUACUUCCGGCGGCAGCGCCAUGAGACUUUGCUGGUCUUGGUGGUCUUUGCUGCUCUUUUUGACUGCUAUGUCAUCAUCAUGUGCACUGUGUUGUACACCUCAGACAAGCUGCCACCUACCCUGGCGGCCUCAGUGGGCCUGGCUCUCCAGAUCCUCCUGUUUGUCCUAUGCAAGUAUGAACUGCUGCCUGAUCGAGUCACCCGGAAGUUCAUGCCCUAUAUCCUGUGGAUACUCAUAGUGGCUCAGAUAUUCUGUUACCUGGGCCUGAGCUUUGCUCGCUUCCAUGAGGCCAGCGACACGGUUGGCUGGCAGGCCUUCUUUGUCUUCUCCUUUUUCAUCACCCUCCCCUUGCGCCUCACGCCCAUUGUCCUUAUCUCGGCCAUCUCCUGUGGCAUCCACACCCUGGUGCUGGGGGUCACCAUUGCACAGCAGCAGCAGGACUCCAUCAAUGGAAGGGACUUGCUGUGGCAGAUCUUGUCCAAUGUUUCCAUCUACUUGUGUACCAUCUGUGUGGGCAUCAUGUCAUACUACAUGGCAGACCGGAAGCACCGCAAAGCCUUCCUGGAAGCCCGGCAGUCUUUGGAGGUCAAGCUCAACCUGGAGGAGCAAAGCCAGCAGCAGGAAGGAUUGAUGCUUUCCAUUUUGCCCAAGCAUGUAGCUGAUGAAAUGCUGAAGGACAUGAAGAAGGAUCCAAGCCAAAAAGAGAUGCAACAGUUUAACACCAUGUACAUGUACCGCCAUGAGAAUGUCAGUAUCCUCUUUGCCGACAUUGUUGGUUUCACACAGCUGUCAUCCUCGUGCAGUGCCCAGGAACUGGUGAAGCUUCUGAAUGAGCUCUUUGCUCGCUUUGAUAAACUAGCACAGAGGUACCACCAGCUGCGUAUCAAGAUUCUGGGAGACUGCUAUUACUGCAUCUGUGGGCUGCCGGACUACCGCGAGGACCAUGCUGUCUGCUCCAUCCUCAUGGGCCUUGCCAUGGUGGAAGCUAUUUCGUAUGUGCGAGAGAAGACCAAAACAGAUGUGGACAUGCGUGUGGGCGUACACAGUGGCACUGUCCUGGGAGGGGUGUUGGGACAGAAGCGCUGGCAGUAUGAUGUGUGGUCCACAGAUGUGACGGUGGCUAACAAGAUGGAAGCUGGUGGCAUCCCAGGACGUGUACACAUUUCUCAGAGCACCAUGGACUGCUUGAAGGGAGAGUUUGAGGUGGAGCCAGGAGAUGGUGGAUCACGGUGUGAAUACUUGAAGGAGAAGGGGAUUGUAACCUACCUUAUACUAGUACCCAAGCAGCCACUCAAGAACGGGAUCAAUGGUGUGAAGCUGUCUGUCUCCUCAUCCCACGGGAACUCGCCACAGCUGAUCAACACCAAAGAAUGCAACGGGAGCAUUAACACCACUUGUACCACACCAGAUGAAGCAGAGGACCUGGACACCCGGGUGGUUAACCCUUCCUUUCCCAACCCUCGGAGACGCCUGCGGUUGCGGGACCUGGCAGAGAGGGUAGUGGAUGCUUCGCAGAACGAACAGGAGCUGAACAAAUUGCUCAACGAAGCCUUGUUGGAGAGGGAGACGGUGCAGGCGCUAAAGGGCAAAUCCACAUACCGCCUGUCUAUGCGCUUCAUUGACCCUGAGAUGGAGACACGCUACUCUGUGGAGAAGGAGAAGCAGAGCGGGGCAGCCUUCAGCUGUUCAUGCGUCGUCCUCUUCUUCACCGCCCUGGUGGAAAUCUUCAUUGACCCACGGUUGGUGGCAAAUUAUGUGACGUUUGUUGUUGGCGAGGUUCUUCUCCUCAUCCUGACCCUUUGCUCGCUGGCUGCCAUUUUCCCCAGGGUUUUCCCCAAAAAGCUUGUGGCUUUUUCCGCUUGGAUUGACCGGACCCGAUGGGCCAGGAACACGUGGGCCAUGUCUGCUAUUUUCAUCCUUACCAUGGCAGACAUUGUAGACAUGCUCAGCUGCCAGCAGUAUUACUCCGUCGUCAACGUUACAACAUUGGAGCUGCCUGUGGGGACCUGUGUGGAGAACCCCAAGUACUACAGCUACAUCGCAGUGUUGGCGCUCAUCGCCACCAUUAUGCUAGUGCAAGUCAGCCACAUGGUCAAGCUUACCCUCAUGCUGACGAUCACUGGGGCCGUGGGGGUGGUGAACAUCUACGCCUGGCGGCACAUCUUUCACAAGUACGACGAGCAGAGAUUCUGGGAGAAAACGUCCUCCCUGGUUCCGUCCAAGUACUCCAUGACAGUGAUGGUGUUUAUCAUGAUGCUGAGCUUCUAUUACUUUUCACGCCAUGUGGAGAAGUUGGCCCGGACUUUAUUCUUAUGGAAGAUCGAUGUGCAUGACCAGAAGGAGCGCGUCUAUGAGAUGAGGCGCUGGAAUGAGGCCCUCGUUGCCAACAUGCUGCCAGAGCACGUGGCUCGACAUUUCCUUGGCUCCAAGAAACGGGAUGAGGAGCUGUACAGCCAGUCUUACGAUGAGAUUGGUGUCAUGUUUGCCUCUCUCCCCAACUUUGCCGACUUCUACACGGAGGAGAGCAUCAACAAUGGCGGGAUCGAGUGCCUGCGCUUCCUCAAUGAGAUCAUCUCAGAUUUUGACGCACUCCUGGACGAGCCCCAGUUCCGGUGUAUCACCAAGAUCAAAACCAUUGGCAGCACAUACAUGGCAGCUUCUGGGGUGACUCCAGACGUCAACACCAAUGGAUACAAUAAUGCUGUUAAGAAGGAAGAUCUUUCUGAUAAGGAGCGCUGGCAGCACUUAGCAGAUCUCGCUGACUUUGCCUUAGCCAUGAAAGAGACGUUGAUGAACAUCAACUACCAGUCCUUCAACAACUUCAUGCUGCGCAUAGGCAUGAACAAAGGAGGAGUGCUGGCAGGAGUCAUUGGUGCCCGCAAACCUCACUACGACAUUUGGGGGAACACAGUGAAUGUGGCCAGCCGGAUGGAGUCCACGGGAGUCAUGGGAAAUAUACAGGUGGUGGAAGAGACCCACUUGGUCCUGAAGGAAUAUGGUUUCCGCUUUGUGCGCCGAGGGCCCAUCUAUGUGAAGGGCAAAGGAGAACUGCUGACCUACUUCAUGAAAGGGCGAGACAAGCAAGGCUCUUUCAUCAAUGGCUCCUCCGUGACUUUGCCUCACCAGGUGGUAGACAGCUCAUGACGCCUCUCGGGCUCUCUGCAAGCAGGUUACAAAUUGGAGCAGGUACCAAAGUGAGGAUGCCCGAAAGGCAAAAUGGUUUUCAGAGCUCGAUAACUCCAGGUGGGAGAUGGAUACAAACACCGUGACCACAGACUUUUAGCUUUCUGAGAAACCAACCCACCCCCACCCCCUUUGCCUGCUCCUUUCUUCUGAAGGUCUGAUAUUCGUUAAGGGGCUCUUCUCAGCGUUUGCCUUCACAUCUUGGUGUAGAUGUGGGGAAGGGGAAAAGGGAGCUUGUCAUGAGAGACUCUGGUCUUUUGCACAAGGACAUGGCCUUGCGCACGUCUGGGUCUGAAUGUAGGCAGGGGAGGCUGAAGUCCCAGUGCAGCAUUGCUCAGGUAGGACUGCCUUGCCCAAUAUCCCCACUGUGCAUCUAUCUUUUUAGUCAAAACGAGAGGCAGGUGUUGUGGCUCUUAAGUUGUCACAGACCUAACCUUGGCAUAGAGCUUAUUGCUGAAAUAAACUGCAAACUCAGGGUGGGUGUUAACAGCAAGCAGCUGUGCGGGAGAGGAAGCCACACAAGGGCACGCUCGGAAUCUAUUUUUAGUAAUUCAAAGUGAGCUCACCUUUGCCACCAAAUCACCAUAGGU